CCUGCCCGACCUGCUGCGCAGCUGCGAGGCCGGCCGGGCGGUGUGGGUGCUACCCGCUUGGGAGACACACAAGCGACUGGGGCUGGAGGAGGGAAGACGGGUGGCGGACAGGGCGAUACGGGGUGACAAGGCCACGCUACGACAGCUGGAAUCCGAGUCAGCACUGCACUUCUUCGCCAAGACCGCCUACGCGCGCGGCCACUCCGCCACCAACUUCACUCGCUGGCUGCAGGCAGAUCUGCCGUACGAUGUGGCGUACGAGAUCAACUACGAACCCUGGUUCAUAAUGAGCAGGCGCCUCAUCCCGCCGUACGACGUGCGGUUCCGCGGGUACGGCUGGAACAAGGUGCAGCAGGUUGCCUCCGUGGCUCUGCAGUACAACUUCACCUUCCGGGUGCACCCGCAUGUGUGGCUGGUGCACCGGCCGCAUGAGGCGUCGGCGGGGCAGAAGAUGUACGGCGGAAGUGGCGGAGGAGGAGGGGCGGAGAAGGAGCAGCCCCAUGGGCAGGGGCAGUUAGAUGAGAUCCGUGAGUGGCGCGGCUCUCGCGCCCCCGUGUCGCGCCUCUUCCACCGCCGGGUGUCCGCGCUGCGCCACACAGCCAUCCGCGACAUGCGGCGGGGCAGCUACCGAGCCGCGGAGGACCCGCAGAGCGAGCAUUGCAGGC